GUCCCGGUUCCAGCUCCGAGGUUGGCGGCUGCACGCGCGUCCCCUCCGUGCACGCGCUGUUCCGGCGGCGGCAGGGCGGGGUUUGUUUUGAGAGCGGACCGGAGAGAGAAGACUCGACAAGGAAGAUGGCGACCGCGGGGUCCGCCGAACGGGCCGGCAGACCGGCCAGCAGGUCCGGGUCCGGGUCCGGGUCCGGGUCCAGUCUGCCGGAGGACGAGGUGACGCAGUGCGCGGAGGCUCCGCCCGGCGGUCGCCCGGCCUGUCCGCGCUGCCGGGCCCGGACACUCACCGGCAGCGAGGAGCGGCUCCGGAGGAGGAGCGACCCCGAGAGGAGCAGCAGCAGGCCGGGCAGGAGGGACGGCGACAGCCGGAGAGAGUUCUUCGUCUCUCCCGCUCUCGUCCCGAAGUCUGUGGACGUCUCAUCAGGACCGAGCGGCAAACACAAGCUGCUGUUUGACGACAGAGUCCAACGUGAUGAGACUGGAGUUCUGUCGGACUCGGAGAACGAGGAGCCAAUUGGCAGGAGGAUCAGGAUCGUCUCAGCCUUCGUCAGGAAAACCAAAACCUCGUCAGCGAUGGCUGGCGGUGCUCAGAGGAGUCGCAGCUGCACCGACCCGGUGGAGGACGGAGAAGGGAAACUGAAGGUCACCGCCCAGCCAGCCAUGAUGGACCGGGUCGGGAUCAGUCACAGCUACACGGCAGGAAUCCUCCUCUCCUCUGAGAACAGUCGCUCCGCCUCGGCCCCGAUCGCCGCCGCUGACCGGAGGCUCGCCUGGCGAGCUGUGCUCACGUCGUCGUCCACGCCUCUGGUGCUCGCUCCGCCCCGCCCCGAGCGCUCCAUCAGCCCCGAGAGCAACGACAGCAUCUCGGAGGAGCUCAACCACUUCAAACCCAUCGUCUGCUCACCAUGCACGCCGCCCAAACGGCUGCCUGACGGUCGUCUGAUGGAGCCCAGCAUCGUCAAGUCCACGCCCAGGAAUCUGACCCGCGGCCUGCAGAAGUCCACCAGCUACGAGGCCAGUCCCGCCGUGCUGCAGAAGUGGAGGCAGAUCGAGCUGGAUCGCCAAAACCUCAAAGUGAACUCCAAAGCCACACUGACGAGCCCUGUCGCCGAGGUCCACAACAAGAUCAGCGGGGGGGAGGACGGCGCCGCCGCAAAGACUCAUCCGUCUGCUGCCGGAGACGGACCGACGUCCGUCAACAAGAGAAGGCUGCUGUUCGAUCCUCCAGCCGGAGACACGGAUGCCUUCCACAAACAGUCUGUGAAGAUCCGGGUCCCCGCGAUCCGCUACAGCGGCGAGGCCACAGUCAGGGGAAGUUCAGAGUCGACGGUAUCAGCCCCUGAGUCCUGCAGCGGCGGGGCGUUGUUCACUCGAAAACAAUCGUUCUCACCUUACACCAAGAACUCUGGUUUCCAGUCGUGUAAAUUAGUGCCAAAGGAUUCGCACAGUCCCAGGAAGGAGUCGGACAGUAGCAUCCACAACCAGCCUACCUCAAGGAGGGGCAAGAAGAGGAAGCAGAAGACCAAGCACCUGGACUCGGACCGGGACUCGGACCUGAAGAGGAGCCGGCCCGUCAGCCAGGACGCCUUCGACGAGCGCUACAUACGUCAGAUCCAGCAGGAGCGGCAGGAUCGGGCUCUCGCCCUGAAGCUGCAGAGACAGUUUGACCUGGAGAACCAGAGUGUCAACCGUAGGAGGAGCCCUGACCAGUACUUCCUGCGGUCCUGGAUGUCCAAUCAGAACCGCAGGAGGCGUGGCCUGAGAAGAUCCCGACGAAUCAACAAGAAGCACUAGAGAGGCGCCGACUCGGGGCAGGAAGAGGUCAAUAUAUGCAAAGUGACGAAAGGUUUGAUGAGAAGAGUGAAUGUUUUUAUACGACGUUGUUUGUUUCUUUGCACCAGAAAAUCACCAAAAAGUGACUCGACAUCCCUCUGCUGCAACACGUCGUCAUGACGACCCGACACGAAGACGCGCCCGUCAGUCUGACAAGAAUACCUUCAUUUAUAUAAUCAAUAAACAGUCGAUCGUUCUUCUUCCCUGUCCGGCCAAUCAGAGCCGCUCAUCCCGCCACCGCUUAACCCGCUUCACUGUCGGUCCAUCUAAGUGUUCUUACAUCAGAACACUUAUCAUUGAUCAGUUAUUGUGGAUCGACUGAUCGGUUCUGAUCCAGGACGGCGGCUGCUGCAGUGAGCAGCUGAAGGACGGCGGCCAUUUUGUCCUGAAAAGUGACUGAAACUGAUCGAUUAUGAUACUAAUAUGUUUCUGUGUUUAAUGAUCCGUCACUACAGAGGGUUGAAGUUCACCACACGCUUCUGUUCAGAACCCGUCCUAUGAUCCGGUCUGGUUCUGGUCAGAACCUGUCCUGUGAUCCGGUCCGGUUCUGGUCUGGUUCUGUUCAGAACCCGUCUGUGAUCUGGUCCGGUUCUGACUCAUGAGGCCUCUUUGUUACAGAUCGCUGAACCAGACUUCAUUCACAAAACAGAUGAUUUUAGAUUCUCCGGCCGUUAACAACCAUAACUAAUCAUAGCUAAUCAUAAGCAACAGCCAACGUCUCCUCACCUUUCAUUUUUUUUUCAGUCGUAGAAUAGAUUCAAAUCUAAAAUUUGUAUAUGAAAUCAGAUGACUCAUGAUUCGUUGAUAACUUCCUCUCCGAUGUGUCUGAGUGAGAUGAAAAAUUUAUUAUAGAUUAUUGAACUUUUGUGUUUGUGGAGCUUUGUGGAGUUUUUUUUUAACUAACGCCACACAAACUUUAUUGAUAUGCACAUUUCCUGAAGUCGUACUGAAGCUUUGACGCUUGAGUUGAAGUAGUCCGACAGCAGAGUAUCGGGGGGCGGGGCUAAUGCUGAGUGCCAAAUGACCACAGACUGUCAGAGCGACCAUGUUUGUAGUUUCUACAGGGACUCAAACAAGAGAAACUAAAAGAGCUGAUGAUGAA